ACUCUGCUAUCCUCUUCAGUACCUAACAGCAGGGUUGUUGUUGUGCGUGCGUGUGCGCUGGUAAUUGAUUCCAUAUUAGCCAAAGAGCACUGGGAGAGAUAUCCUCGCUGCUCCUUCUCCAGCGUGGGCUGCAGCAGCCCCGCGGGACGAGAUAACAGAACCGCCUCUCCACGAGAGCAGCAGCACGGGCACGGGGAACCAGGCAGCACGGGGAACCAGGCAGCACGGGGAACCAGCAGCAGCAGCACAGGAAACAUUGAAAAAAAAAAAAAAAAAAAAGAGGAAACAUGACAACCGAGAAGCCGCAGAGCAUGCUCCGGGAAGCGUCUCAUCAGAUUAUCGCCGGUGGAUCCGCCGGUCUGGUGGAGAUCUGCUUGAUGCAUCCGCUCGACGUGGUGAAGACGAGGUUCCAGAUCCAAAGGGGAACCAGUGACCCCACCAGCUACAAGAGCCUCAGUGACUGCUUCCGGACCGUCAUCCGCAACGAGGGCAUCGUCGGCUUCUACAAAGGGAUCCUUCCUCCGAUUGUGGCGGAGACACCGAAGAGAGCGGUGAAGUUCUUCACUUUUGAGCAAUACAAGAAGGUGCUGAAUUUGACCCCUUUGUCUCCCGGUCUGGCGCUGUCCGUCGCCGGCCUCGGCGCAGGCUUGACGGAGGCCGUCGUCGUCAACCCGUUCGAAGUGGUGAAAGUCAGCCUGCAGGCCAACAGGGACUCCUUCACGAAGCAACCCUCUUCCUUCGCUCAGGCGAGGCUCAUAAUCAACUCCGACGGCUUCGGAGCGAGGGGCCUGAACAAAGGGCUGACGUCCACGCUGGGACGCCACGGAGUCUUCAACAUGAUCUACUUUGGCUUCUACUUCAACGUCAAGGACGCUAUUCCCUCCAGCCCGGACCCGACCCUGGAGUUCAUGAGGAAGUUCGCCAUCGGCCUGGUGUCGGGGACCAUCUCCUCCUGCGUCAACAUUCCCUUCGACGUCGCCAAGAGCCGCAUCCAGGGCCCCCAGCCGGUGCCCGGAGAGAUCAAGUACCGCACCUGCUUCCAGUCCAUGGCGCUGGUGUACCGGGAGGAAGGGUACUUGGCGCUCUACAAGGGGUUGGUGCCCAAGAUAAUGAGGCUUGGACCAGGUGGAGCGGUGAUGCUGCUGGUUUAUGAAUAUGUGUCCGGAUGGCUGCGGACAAACUGGUAACCCAAGAGGGAGUGCCUCGUCACCAAAUACCGUUCCAGUAACGACCAAAUGUUGCCGCCAGCGUUACCGCGUUUAUAUUUCAAUGCAGGAAAAAAAAAAAAUACAUCUUCAUCGAAGUAACUCGAAACAGAUGCAAUAUUUGAAGAUUUGAGUACUUUUUUAAAUUUUUUUUUAUAGAGAAAAUCGUUUUUUAAUGAAUGAGAGACCCUGAAACCUUUUUUUUUUUUCUCAAUCAGCUUCCUGUUAUAAGUCACGGAGUCCUACUUGAAUUUUAUGCCAAAUUUUUUAACAUUUUGGGUUUAUUUCACAUGAGAGAUUCAUGCAUUUGUGUUUGAAGUGGGCCCAAAACAGCCCCGAUGAAGCAAAGUGUGUCUUUGAGAGUCUAUAACUAUGUAUGAAUAUGAACUAAUGAAGUACUCAAUGUUAUCAUGCAAAAUAUUUUGGUGCAAAUUUGUUUUUGGUUUUUUCAAGUUUCAAAUUAAAUGAAACUCCAAAGUUAUGGUUACGAGAUGAUUAUAUGGCUGCGCAGUGACGUGUAUGAUGAAACUAACACACGCCGAGUUUGGAUGAAUCCACAUCUAUCAAACGUGAAUAAUAUUGAGAUAUAUUACUGUUAUUAUACAUUUUAAAGUCGGUGUGUGUGUGUGUGUGUGUGUGUGUGUGUGUACACACCUUCAUAUGCAUCUUAAAUAUACUGUGAUACCACCCACAACACUGUGAGCAUUACUCUUUAUCUUAAACUAUAACCAAAUAGCCACAAUAGUGCCUGAUUCUUAAUAAUUACUGUGUAUAAGAAUUUCACCGAUAUUGUUAAUGGCCUAUUGUAGAAGGUUAUUUUUGCAUGACUGAUAUUUUUAUGUAACCUCUUAUUGUUCAUUUUGACUUGUUUGUUCUCCAUGUGUAUCGGUGACCAACUAAAAGAAGAAAACAAAAACGAUAUUAAACUCAAUAUUAAACUCUUCA